UAGUUGCAACAGAACUGCUCAACACCUACAAUACAACCAACCAACCAACUGAUCAUAAAAUAUGAUGCUCAUUUUGCUUCAGUUUCCUCAUUCCAAUUAAUCGCUAUUCGGUAGUUGGUUUUUCCCUGGGUUGGUAUCUGAUGAAGGUGCAGCAUUAAAGAUCAAGUGACUGUUUCAUCAAAUAACAAUAGACACGCAUAACAACAAAAAAGUCUAGUUUGAUUAAGUGAGAUCAGUCAUAUGGAUCACUCUGAAGAUCAAGAUGAAAAAUUUAAAGGUGCACCACAACACAGGGUUCCAGAACCUGAUCAAUCAAAAAAACAAAUGAAUGAAUCUGAAGAUAAGCCUAGGUACAUGGAUCACCCGAAAAGUCUUGACCAAAAAUUCAAAGGUGCACCACGACAUAAAGCUCCAGAACCUGAUCAAUCAAAGAAUCAAUAUGAAGGUAAUGUUGGCUACAUGGAUCACCCUGAAGGCCUUGAUAAAGAAUUCAAAGGUGAACCACAACACGAGGCUCCAGAACCUGAUCCAUCCAAGAAACACAAGAAUCAUUCUAAAGGUAAUGUUGACUACACAGAUCACCCUGAAGGCCCCAGCCAAAAACCCAAAGAUGCACCACAACACAAGAGUCCAGAACCUGAUCAAUCACAAAAACCAAAUAAUCAAUUUGAAGAUGAAGUCGAUUACAUGGAUCCCGCUAAAGCCCCUGACCAAAAAUUCAAAGGUGCACCACAACAUGAAGCUCCAAAACUUGAUCAAUCCAAGAAACAAAUAAAUCAAUCUGAAGGUAAUGUUGACCACAUGGAUCUCCCUGAAGGCUCUGACAGAAAAAUUGAAGGUGAACUACAACAUGAGACUCCUAAACUUGAUCAAUCCAAGAAACAACUAAAUCAACCUGAAGGAGAGGUUGGCAACAUGGAUCACCCUGAAGGCCCUGACCAAAAGUUCAAAGGUGCAUCACAACCCAAGGCUCUAGAACCUGAUCAACCCAAUAAACAAAUGAAUCAAUCUGAAGCCAAAGAUACCCCAAAAUCAGAUGACAAAGGAAAAAAAAGUCUGCAAACCACUGAAAAAGUGGUCCCUCCUGAGGUAGGACCACAAAAGGAAGAAACUGAAGAUGAAGAUAAAAUCAAUGACACAGGACAUGAAAGCAUUCCUGGAAACAAGAGUUCAGAAGAUUCAUCCAGUCACUUAAGUGAAGCCUCAAAAGAUCAAGAUAAAGGUGAAAUUGCACCAAAGAAGAAGCCUUUUUGGAGUAACUGGGCUGCUAUUGGUGAUGUUUUCAAGGCUUCUAUACCCAAACAACCUAAAACUAGCUCUUCCAAAAGUGAAAAGCAACCUGAAAUUGACCUUCCUGAUGAGAAACAGCAAGAGCAAAUAGAGGUUAAAAUCCAUGAAGCUGACACAGAACCAGCAGAAGUUGUUGCUACUGAAAGCACACCACUUAUUUCGACAACUGUAGCAUCAAGUAAUAAGACAUUGGAAAUUCUUAAAAGCAUUGUGUACGGUGGUUUGCUUGAAUCGUUGGCAAGUCUUAGUGUUGUGACAUCUGCAGCGAGUGCUGACGCUACCACAUGUAUGUUCCACAUUUUACAUUUCAUUCCACAUUCUUCUUUUUCUUUUUAAAAUAUUGCUAUUUUG